AUGGGGCCCGCUUCGCCUUUCCAGGUUGCCGGGCUCUUCGCCCGUGUUCUAGGGCUCGCGCACCCGGUCUUCGACGCCGGCACCCGAGCGGUUCAGGCUAGCAAUCGUGGCCAAGAAGCUUCGGUUGUUUCCGUUAACAAUCCCUGCUUGGACCGCGUGCGGGCAAAACGCCGCGGUAGGAAGGUGCUCGGACUUGAGUCCAUUGUCAUACAAUAUAGGAAAUCCUUGCGAAUACUCCCUAGAGCGUAUAAGACUACUAUGCCCCUAUACUUCGACAUCUUCUUAGACGAAUUGCCUAUACCUUUGCCUACCCCUUUAAAGGAGGGUAACAGUGCUAAAGAGCUUCGCUAUAGUCCCCUAGUCAAUUAUACAUUGCAAAUGACUAUAGAGCGCUCCUACGAUAGAAUCUACUACAACUAUAAUGGCUAUAGUAAGGCUAUAAAGAAGAUUCGUCCUACGCUUCGUAUACUUUUGAACGAUCCCUAA